AUGGACUCGAUCCCCCAGACCCUCUGGAACGCCAAAGUCCCCCUCCACAUCACCCACCCCUCGCACCCAAACACCCCGCUGAUAACCUCCCUCCCGCGGUUCUCCUACCUCGCCCUCCUCGUCCCCCGCUGCUCCGCCUUCUUCCGUGCCCAGGUCUCCGCCUUCCACCACGAAGAGCUCCUCCUCCGCAACCUGCCCCUCGGCCUGCUCGUCGACCUCUACCAGCCAUCCCUCCCAUGGCGCCUCACCGUCAGCGACGGCGAUAGCUGGGACAUUGGCGACACCUUCCUGAAUUGCGUCAAAGAAGCCGACUUCGUCCGCUACGGCAACGCAAAACGCAUAAUGUCCCUCUCAAAAGCAGACACCUCAACCCUCUGGAACGCAGUCCAAGACAACGACUACGCCUCCUUCCAAAAGAUCAACGCAAUCCUCCUCAACGCCCCAACGCCCCUCCGCCACAUCCCCCUGCGCGUCUACAUCCCCUCCUCCCCACCCGGGGGGCCGACCUCCUCCUCCUCCUCCGGCGGCGCCUCACCUCAACCAGCAGUAGCACAGCAAGCAGAACCAGCAGCAGCGGGCGUCUUCAAGGUCCUCCAGACCCUCGUCUCCCCCACAGUCCCCGGCGGCGUCCGCGGCAACACCCGCCAGACCCUCGGCCAGGCCCUCCGCGCCCACCUUCCGACGCUGUUCCCAUCCAGCCGCGACCCCGUGCUCGCUAACGUCGUGCUGCACGGCAGCCCUGUGCCCUUCUCCGCGCCGCUUGAGGACCUUAUGAGGGAGGCGGCGUACCCGGAUGGAUGGCUCUGUGUCACGGUCGUGUUGUGGUAA